CUUACUGAAGGCUGCGGGGUAGCUCGAUUCAUUCUCUUCGCACAAUUCAGGUCUUGCAAUGGCUUCAGCUUGGCAGAAACUUGAAUCCAUGCAUCGAUGGAUUCUGGAGAAUGGAGAUAAGAGAACAGACCCAUGGCUGCUAGUUUAUUCUCCCAUGCCAGUGUUCUAUAUAUUUCUGUGCUACCUUGGUAUUAUCUGGAUAGGACCUAAACUAAUGAAACACAGGGAACCAGUUGACCUAAAGAUUGUACUCAUUGUCUACAACUUUGCCAUGGUUUGUUUAUCUGUCUACAUGUUUCAUGAGUUCCUGGUAACAUCCUGGCUGGCAAACUACAGUUAUCUAUGCCAACCUGUCGACUACAGCACCAGCCCUUUGGCAAUGAGGAUGGCAAACGUGUGUUGGUGGUUCUUCUUUUCGAAGGUCAUUGAGCUCAGCGACACGAUCUUUUUCAUUUUAAGAAAAAAGAAUAACCAGUUGACCUUCCUGCAUGUCUAUCACCACGGCACUAUGAUCUUCAACUGGUGGGCGGGAGUGAAAUAUGUUGCAGGUGGCCAGUCAUUUUUCAUCGGGCUGCUGAACACGUUUGUACACAUUGUGAUGUAUUCCUACUAUGGACUAGCUGCACUAGGGCCUCGUGUCCAAAAAUACCUGUGGUGGAAACGGUAUCUUACCUCACUUCAGCUGCUUCAGUUUGUCCUGCUGACAACUCACACUGGUUACAACCUCUUUACUGAGUGCGACUUCCCAGACUCCAUGAAUGCAGUAGUGUUUGCCUACUGUGUUAGCCUCAUUAUACUCUUCAGUAACUUCUACUACCAGAGCUACGUUACCAAAAAGAGCAAGAAGUCUUAGUGGAGUCUCAGCACACACAGUAGGAGCUUAUGCAAGAUAUCAUAAAGCCAUUGUCUGUUCACUGGGCGACUGCUGGCACAGCACUUGGAUAUUGUGUGUUCUUGCUCUUGUUCAUUGCCCCUUGCAUUUCUGAAUGGCAAAUGUACUGUGUUUAGAAAACUAGAGACAUUCCAUGUGAGGGGACAGAUGCAAAAACCAGACUUUCCAGUGCAAUUCACCAGUACUUGAAUUCUGUGUAAUAAGUUUGUUGCUCUGUGAUUUUUUUUUUUUUUUGCAUUAAA